AUGUCAGUCCCGACAAUUGCCAUUCUCGGAGGCGGUCCCAGCGGCCUUGCUCUCGCUCGGCUGCUGGAGUGCAACAAAAUCGACUAUGUUGUUUAUGAGCGCGAUGCCUCUUCGCUGAUGGAAGGACAAGGGGGUUCCCUUGAUAUCCAUGGACCAACCGGCCAGCAGGUUUUGAAGGAAGCCGGCCUGCACGAUGAGUUUAAAAAGUAUGCGCGCUGGGAAGCGGCAAAGACAAUCAUCCAGGAUAAGAACGGCACCACCCAUCUCGUAUCUGGAGAAGAUCAAGACGAACCGGAGAUUGACCGUGCCACGUUGCGCAAGAUCCUCGUCGAGUCUAUCCCUCCAAGCAAGAUUCGAUGGAAUCAUGCUGUUAAAACCGUCGAAAAGCUUGGCAAUGGGGAUAUAGCGAUCAACUUUGUCAAUGGCACUUCUACCAGCGGCUUCAAACUGGUUGUUGGUGCGGAUGGUGCGUGGAGCAAAGCAAGGCACUUGCUCACUUCUGCGAAGCCGCAAUAUUCCGGCAAGCAUUAUAUCGAAGGGAAAAUCUCCACCUCGAAUCCAUUUCAUCCGACUGUAAAUAAAAAGUUCGGUGCCGCAAGUCUCAUAGCUUUGGGAGAAGGUAAACAACUUUCAGUCACCGAGAUGGGAGAUGGGUCUUACCGCGUCUACCUCGGCUUGGCUGUCCCAGAGGAUUUUGCCAAGAGCGCCGUGGAUCUCUCCAAGGCAGAUGGAGAUGCUGCCCGUAGUUUCUUCAUAACCAACGCCGACUUCUUCGGAACCUGGGGCUCUGAGCUCAAAGACAUUAUUGCAAACUCGCAAGGCGCUUUCAAGGCCUGGCCCCUUUAUCACCUUCCAUCUAGUGCACUAUGCUGGAGCCAUGUUCCUGGCGUAGCUCUCAUUGGGGAUGCUGCUCACCUGUCUACCCCGUUUGUGGGAGAGGGAGUCAACUGCUCGAUGUUCGAUUCUCUGGUGCUGGCUAGACAGAUCGUGGAGCACGGUGUGGCAAAUCUAGACGCGGCAGUGGAGGCAUAUGAAAAAGACAUGUUUGAGCGCGGAAAGGACUUGAUAGAGAGAAGCAACGGGACUGCCAGUCUCUUAUUUGCGCAGGAUGCCCCGAAGCCACUGCUGGAUGCCAUUGCAAUGUCACAAGCGUGA